AUGUCAGAAAAUAAUCAACAAGAACAACCUGCAACUAUUUCUGAUGCUCAAGUGAACAACAUAGAUCAUCAUACUCAAGCAGUGUAUGAUAUCAAGCAACAAUUACAUCAGAAUGGUGAACCAGAGGGACCUGAAAUGAACCAUAAAGAUGCUGAAUCAAAAGCAACAAUGAAUGGACCUGCUGAUGCAGCUACAGAAAAAUCUAAUGAAGUUAAAGAUGCUGAACAAACAACAAGCAAUGACGUAAAACAAGUCGCGAAUGAUGCACAAGUAUCUGCUGCUCAAUCAACUGGUGAAGCCAAAGUCGAACAAACAACGGAAGCUAAUACACAAUUAACUGAUGAUGCUUCGAAGAAAACCAAUGAAGUGAAAGAUACUGUACAAGAAUCUGGAACUCAAUUAACUAAUGAUGUUUCGAACAAAAGUGAAGAAAUUAAAGAUACAAUAGAAAAAAAAGUUGAUGAAGUGAAAGAAACAGCGCAAGAAAAAGUCAAUCAAGCUACGUCAUCAGUUGAUGAUGCAUCUAAACAAGCUGAUGAAGCAAAAACUACUAUUGUUGAAUCAGCUAUUCAUGCUAAAGAUGCAGUAGUUGAAAAAGUACAAGAAAUUGGACAUGCUGUUGCUGAAACAGCACAAGCCAUUCCGACAGCAGUUGCUGAUGCUGCAAGUUCAGUUGGUGAAAAAGUCGUUAAUGCUGUACAAUCAGCUGCAGGAAUAGUAGUCGAAGCUGGUGCAGCUGUUGUUAAUUCAGCACAAGGAGCUAUUCAUAGUCUUACUGGAACAGCAAAUGAUGCCAAGGAGGCAGCAAACGAAGCAAUUGAUCAAGCUCAAAACAAAGCUGUCGAAUUGAAAGAACAAGCAUCUGAGAAAAUUGAUGAAGCAAAAGAGAAGGCUAGUGAAGUUAGUUCAGAAGUACAACAAGCAGCCGGAGAAGCCAAACAAAAUGUUCAAGAAGCAGCUGGUGAAUUAAAAGAGGCAGCGUCUGAGAAAGUCGACGAAGCAAAAGAGAAGGCUAGUGAAGUAAGUUCAGAAGUACAACAAGCAGCCGGAGAUGCCAAACAAAAUGUUCAAGAAGCAGCUGGUGAAUUAAAAGAGGCAGCAUCUGAGAAAGUCGAUGAAGCAAAAGAGAAGGCUAGUGAAGUAAGUUCAGAAGUACAACAAGCAGCCGGAGAAGUCAAACAAAAUGUUCAAGAAACAGCUGGUGAAUUAAAAGAGGCAGCUUCGGAGAAAGUCGAUGAAGCAAAAGAGAAGGCUAGUGAAGUAAGUUCAGAAGUACAACAAGCAGCCGGAGAAGUCAAACAAAAUGUUCAAGAAACAGCUGGUGAAUUAAAAGAGGCAGCUUCGGAGAAGGUCGAAGAAGCAAAAGAUAAAACUCAAGAACUUGCUGCUGAUAAUAAAGAAAAAGGUGAAGAAGUCAAAAACGACCUUCAACAUAAAGCUGAUGAUGUUCCAACAGCAAUCAAUUAA